UUGUUGCUUUGCACAGGUUGGUUUUACAGUGCGCUUGUGUGAUUUUCGUCAAAAUUUCUGUUGGACAUUGAAUUGGUAAAUGAACGUGAAAUAUAAUCAGAGUUUUUCCGAUCACAUCGCGGUUCGAACGUAAAGUAGUUUGAAGGUUAUUGCGCCGGAAUUAUAUUCACAAUUUAAUAACGAAAAUAAAAGUGAAAUAGUCUCUUCGUUGCUGUGUUUGUGUGUGUUUGGUGCGGAGAGUUAGUUCAAGAACAGUGACUGCUGAUAUUAAAGUUCACAUGCGAAUUGGUGAAAUAUAAUACAAAAAUUCGUGCACAUAUUCAUAUGUACUCGUAUAUGAUUUGUGAAGUAUUUAUAUUGAAAUAAUUAUCCUAAUUUUAUUAGCAAUCAUUUACGCGUUGUAUGUUAAGCAAAAAGUUCCUUUAUUUCCGCUCACACAGUUUAAAUCGAAGAACUACUCGCUGCAACUCGCAUAAGGAUAAUAUCGUUAAAGUUUAAUUUCCGGCAAAGAGCUUGGAAGUGAAUGAGUUUACGUUAUAUUCCUUUCAAUAAAAAUCUAAAUACAAAGCAAGUAACUCACUUUAAUAAAAAAUAACUAUUUGCUACGCAAACAUUGUUGCUGCUAUAAUAUCCGUACAAUUCUCUAUCAACUAAGCUCGCAAUUCGUCGCACAGUUUAUAUCCUUACUAAAUAUAUUUUCAUCAUGACGCAUUGGGAAGACUUUUAUAAUACUCAUUUACCACCAACCGAUUUCGAGGAUAAUCGUUCGCUAUUGAAAGAGUUUUGUGAACGACACAAUAAAUUGCAGAACCGCAUCGUCCUUAUAACGUCAGGUGGCACCACAGUACCUCUGGAGCACAAUACCGUACGCUUUGUAGACAAUUUCAGUGCGGGCACACGGGGCUCAGCGUCCGCUGAAUAUUUCCUGGACAAUGAUUAUGCCGUGAUAUUUAUGUAUCGCGUCAAGUCGCUAGAACCCUUUACACGUCACUUUACCGGCCAACAAUUCUUCGAUAUGCUCGACAUAACGGAUAAUGGACAGAGUACAUCGAUAACGGUGAAACCGGAUUCAGUUGAUGUUUUCGCACCAAUACUGGCCAAAUAUAAACAAGCGCGCGAAUCCCAAAUGAUAUUGUAUGUUAGCUUUAACACAGUAGCGGAUUACUUGUGGCUGUUGCGCGCCGCGUGUGAAUGUCUGGCGGCAUUCGAGGAGAGGGCAUUGUUGUACUUGGCAGCGGCGGUGUCGGAUUUCUACAUUCCUCAAGAUAUGAUGCCUACUCACAAAAUACAGUCUGGUCAAGGUGCUCCGACGAUUUCAUUGCAGUUGGUGCCAAAAAUGUUGGCUCCGUUGGCAAGCCUAUGGGUGCCUCAUGCAUUUGUUGUCUCUUUCAAAUUGGAAACUGACGAGAAUUUAUUGAUUACGAAGGCUCGCGACAGUUUAUACAAAUAUAAUCAUAAGAUGGUUAUUGCGAAUAUUCUACAGACGCGCAAACAUCGCGUUGUUUUUGUCACGCCAACCAUGUCCUACGAGGUGCAUCUGAGCAGAGAGCAAGCGCUGCAAGGACUUGAAAUUGAGGAACCAAUUGUUGCCGAUCUGGCGAAAAGGCACAAUGAAUACAUAAACGGCGCUUCGAUGAAUCGGCAAUGACCACAGUCGGUACGACAAAGACGUCACACGCAAGUCGAUUGUCGCGUGACAACACCACAUUUUUGUCGCUUAUUGAAUCCAGGACCAGGCGUCGGACGCAAAUAUUAAUUUAAGGUAAAUGUGUAUAGAUUAUAAGUAAGGAAAAUAAGGAAAGUAAUUACAUGAAUAUUGAAAUGUGUCGAUUGGGGUAAAAUAUAUCACAGUUAGUUAGUAAGAAUACAAUAAGAAUUAUGCAACUAAUUAAAUACAUAGUUUUUAUACUAUAAGCAUAUUGAAAACAAACAAACAGUGUAAGCUUCAACUUUUAUAUACUUAUACAUACAUACAUGUAAAGUCCAUAUCUGAGUCCCUAAAAUACCUCCUAAUAGUAUAUAUAGUACAAUUAAUUUAUGUCGUUGUUUAUGUUUUUUUUCUAACUGCCCUUAUGUCGUUCUAUUUUUGGAAAUAUAAAAGUGGAAACACGCAAAUUUAUUUAAUUGUAGAACUCAUAUUUUAUAAAUGUUUACUAAAGUGUAGAUGUGUGGAGGUUGGGAUAAUUUAUAUUUCUAGUUGAUACAAAGAGGGAGAAAUAUAUACAUAUAUAGUAAGGGGAAAGUAGCAAUUUAUCUUAUCAGGUGUCAGUGAUUAUUUAAGUAAUUAAAAUAGCUUAGCACAUUUAAUUAAAAUAUUUAAUAAAGUUUGUUUAUUUUUGUGGCUAUUAAUAAGUUUUGCUCUAUUCAUUAACAUUGGAAUUACAUACAUACAUACAUAUGUACAGAGAGUCAGAAGUUCUACGUAUAUUCUACUUUUAGCAUGAACCGAUGGUUGAUGGUCGAUGCAUGAAACGUUUGGUAUCACUUCCACGUGUAUCUGAAAAAAAUAACAUGUUACAAAUAAUUGCUGUGAAAGAUUUGCAUCAUCCUUGAAUCAUCAGUGAACAAGCAAAGGAGGGUACAUUUUUUUGGGUCUGAUUGAAGUUCUACGCAGAUUUAUAUUUUGGCUUGAACCGUAAAUUCCUUUCAUGUUCUACUUGUAAACCUCCGAGUGUAUUUCUUCCAUGUAAAAAAGCUCCUAAUAAAAAAUAUCUGCCGGUCGGAGUCGGUUUG